AUAAAAAGCUGAUCAAGCUUUCAAUCCCUCUGGUUGAUGUCAAUGAUGAAAUGCCUGUUAUAAAAAACCAGCCUUAUCCAUAUCUGGCUGCAAUCCCUCGGGAGCCUGAACCGGGCCACACUGUGUAUGUCCUUCUAGCAGAAGAUCCUGACACAGAUUCAGAUCUGGAGUAUGCCAUUCCUGAUUAUGCUGGUGCCGAUGUGAGGAACUUUUUUACAGUAGAGCAGGUGGAAGAUGGUACAGGUGGUGACAGAAUAGUGGAAGGACAAAUCAGAAUCCCCAGACGUACUAGAUUCAUCUUAGGAAGCAGCUACCUGAUUCCGGUGACAGUCAGAGACAGGAAACAGCCCAAGAGCCAAGUGGUAACUGUGGAAGUCAACGUGACUGUUGGACCACGAGCCCCUCAGUUCUUCCAGCAGAAAUAUGAGGGCUGGAUCUAUGAGACCAAGAAUACCAACACUCCGGUUUUCUCACAGUCUGGUGAGCAGCUGGCAGUUCAGGUUCACCAGUUUCAGCAGAAUUACCCCAAGUCCUUUCGGAUCUUGGAUGAGAAUGGCAAAGAGUCUACUUUAUUCCGAAUUGAUGAGAAAGGCAUUAUCUACAACAAAGAUGUGUUAGAUUUUGACGUUCAGCAAACUCAGCGACCACCAAAGUUCAAACUCCAAGUCAAGGUCAGAGAGAUGUCAGACAAUGGAGAUUUGGUGCAGACAGUUCCUCUGGAGAUCCUCUUGAAAGAUGUCAAUGACAACCCACCAAGAUUUCAGCUUACACAGUAUCUGAAAACUAUUCGGGAGGACUUGGAAGUUGGGAAGACAGUUCUGUCUGUGCUAGCUGAAGACAGUGACUCUGGUGACAAUGCCAUUGUUAAAUAUGAACUGGAUAAUCCUUACUUUCAAAUCAAGAAAGUUGGCAAAGAAGGGGUUAUAACUGUUAAAGAUAAACUGGACUUUGACGCCUUCCCAGGACCCACCUACAAAUUUAUUGUAUAUGCCAAAGAUGCUGGCACCCCAGUUUUGUCGAGUUCAGUGGAUGUUACGAUUACCACAACUAAUGUGAACGAUGAGAAGCCAGUGUUUGUUCCGUCAGGGACACUUGUUUUACGAGAUGUGGUGCCAGCUAAUUUUAUCCUGACAAGACUGCGAGCAACUGAUGCUGAUGGUGAUAAUGUCAAAUUUUAUUUUACUCCUCGGGCAGAAAAAUAUGAGAUUUUUAACAUCAAACCUUCUUCGGGCAUCAUCAAAGUGAUCGGAGAAGUUCCUUCUAACAGGAACUCUUACGCUCUGAACAUUAGUGCUGUGGAUGAUGGCUCCUGCUGUGGUGGAACUGUACAGUUAGAGAGCACUGCUGUCUUUCUAGUGGAUAUUGUGGAUUCCGUCAACCAGAAGCCAUUUUUCAAGAACUGCCUGGAGUAUUCACAAAUGGCUACGUUUAAGGAGGAGUCUGAACCAGGGACUCCAGUGAUCAAGGUGGUUGCUAGUGAUCCGGACAGAGGACUGAAUGGGGUCAUUGACUAUUCCAUUGAGUCUCCGUCUACAUUGUUGGCUGAUGCCCCGUUUGACAUUGAUAAAUCUUCAGGCCAGAUAACAGUGAAGUCAAAAGUGAACAGAGAGGCAUUGGAUAAAGACUACAUUCAGGUGACAGUGAAAGGAUCAGACAAAGCCCAGACGCCACAAGAGGGCUGGUGUACCUUCCGUGUGGCUGUCCAGGACAUUAAUGAUAAUUCUCCUGUGUUUAAUUCUCUCAGUUACAGUGAAAAGAUUUCAACAAAUGCUCAAAUCAAUCGGGUGAUCCUUCGUGUCGGGGCAACAGACAGAGACAUUGGAGAAAACGCCAGGAUUUCCUACUCCAUGGUACAGGAUGGCGGUGGUGUCUUUGGGAUCUACAAGGAAAGUGGUCUCAUCUUUUUGAAGUCCCACUUGACAGCUUCGAAAACUGAGUACAAUUUGUUGGUGAAAGCUGAAGAUAAUGGAAACCCACCAAGAGAGGGCACUGUGAUGGUCAGAAUUGAGGUUGCAACUGAAACCAGUGAACCACCCAAGUUUGAUCCAGACCCUACAUCUUAUUCAUAUUCCUAUAAAAUUGCUGAAACCGUGAUCCCAAAUACACAGGAGGCUGUGAUCACCACCUUGACCUGCCAUUCCAACAUGCAGAACCCACGUUCACAGCAGGCUGGAAGCUUUGCCAUAUCAGAGUAUCAGCUCGGUGGACUCAAUAAAGUGAAUAUCUCUGUGGCCCAGCAGUUGGACUAUGAGAAAACCAAACAGUACAGUCUCUUACUGCGCUGCCAGAACUUUGGUGGUCUGACCAUGUAUGAGCAAAUCACACUGACCAUUGAUGUGGAGGACAGGAAUAACAAGGUUCCCUACUUUGAGGGCAUGGACUCAAAUGGCCGGUAUGCAGGCAGCGUCUCAGAGAACACCCACGCUGGGGCCACAGUCAUUGAGGUGCAGGGAUAUGAUGAUGAUGUCAGGGAGGAAUUCAGAAAUCUUCAUUUCACGCUCUCUGAUGAAAGCUACCCUGGAGUAUUGAAUGACUUUGAAAUCAAGAACUUGCCUGGAAACAAAGCUGCAAUCAUCACCAAGAAAGAAUUUGACAGAGAGAGGAAUCCUCGCUACUUUCUGACCGUUGUAGCUGAUGACAUCAGCCCAUCUGAUAGGAUUAACCACAAACCACCUGGAACACCAAACACAGCCUCUGUGGUUGUUCAAGUCGAUGUCACAGACAAGAAUGACAACCCGAUGACAUUCAAGCGGUCUUACUACAACCACACGGUGGCGGAAACUGCCAGUAUUGGGACUGUCAUAUUUGCUGUCACAGCUGAUGAUAUUGAUGAAGUUGAUCAAGGCCGCUUGAAGUAUAGUUUCAUUAACCAUGAUGAAAUUCCAUUUGAUAUUCGUGACCAGACAGGGGAAAUCAUCGUUAUAGGCUUGCUUGACUAUGAAAGUGAUCACAAAGAAUACACUUUGAUCUUAGAGUCCAGAGACAGUGAAAACUUUUAUUCAGCAACAGCAACAGUGGUCAUUUAUGUCACUGAUGAAAAUGACAACUUGCCUGUUUUUAGCAAAACUGAAUAUGUCAUUGACAACAAAGUUGUAGAGGAAGAUAUUUCUGUGUCCAAAGAGGAACCUAUGGAACUUAUUAUGGUGACAGCCACAGAUGCAGACAUCUCACGGACUAUCAAUAUGCGAUAUCAUCUUCUUGGAGAAGGCACCGAACCUGGAGACAGACAACUUUUCACGAUCAAUGAGAAAACUGGGCAGAUUUUUCUUGUAGCAGCUUUGGAUAGAGAUGAGCCAAAUGGAAAAUCAGAGUAUAUAUUCACAGUAGAGGCUUUGGAUGAAGAUGAGGAUCCUCAGAAAGGAUACACAAACAUCAAAGUGAAGCCUCUUGACAUCAAUGACAACAAACCUAUCUUUGAUGUUGAAAGGCUGACUGGUGAGGUGUAUGAGCACUCACCACCAGGUUGGUUCUGUCCUGUCAGGGACCACUGCCCAGUGAUUGCCGUGGUGAUAACUAAUGACUUUGACUUCAUGGAGAAUGCUUCGGUGGACUACGAGAUCGUCAGCAGCCCCAGCACACACUCUAACAACCCCACCACAAACUUCUUUAACAUUGACCCUGAAGGCAGGAUCUUCUCACAGUUGGAGGUGGUGGUCCGGGCGAAGGAUCGGGGGCCAGAACCCCAGACUUCCACUGCCACAGUGACCAUCAUUAUAAAAGACAUUAAUGAUAAUGCUCCAGUAUAUACCCAGAGGAUGUAUAAUGUGACAAUGUCAGAGAACUUCAAAGAGGGCAUUGUGACAGAAGUACAUGCAACAGACAGGGAUGAGAAUGAUAAUGCAGAGCUUCAGUUCUCAAUGUCUCAGAGAGUGGCUGCUGGUGGCCAUUUUAAAGUGGACACCAUUGAAAACAAAGGGGCCAUCUCCAUUUAUCGGCCUGUCGACUAUGAGAAGUUGGAAAAUCCAGUGUUUGAGUUGGAGGUUCGAGUCCAGGACAAAGAUCCUUCUCACUUUGAUACUGCUAUUGUGCGAAUAACGGUUGAAGACUUCAAUGAUAAUGCUCCUAAAUUUACAGAUGAGUUCAAAUCAGUGACAGUGGAGGAAAACCUGGAUCCAGGGCAACAGUUGGCAACAUUUCGGGCUCAAGAUUUAGAUUCUGGAAUAAAUGCUGAGUUUAGUUAUCUUAUUGAUCGAGACUCAGACCCACGGCGUGAUUUUGUUAUCGAUCCAGAAACUGGAGUAGUAACCACGCGCAAGAAGCUUGAUCGAGAGAUUGAACCCAAGGUGACAGUUCGGAUUAAGGCUGUAGAUAAAGGAGACCCAAGGCAGACUGGAACUGCCUAUCUGGAUGUUACUGUGUCUGAUGUCAAUGAUAACUUUCCAGUAUUCAAGGAUCACUAUAGACCUGUUGUGUAUGAAAAUGUGAAGCCAGGACACAAUGAUGUGCCUUUUCCAUUAACGGUCCUUGAGAUUUUUGCCAUUGACAAAGACACUGCCAUGUAUGGCCCUCCCUUCGGCUUUGCUUUACCCAACCCUUGCAAUGUUCAAGCAUGCCAGGAUUUUGCCUUAACUUUCCGUGAAUCAGGAGACUCUGACAGAGGGUCAGCAAUCAUCACCACCAGCUCAACAUUUGACCGAGAGAAGCACAGCGUCUAUGAACUUCCAAUUGUCAUGUGGGAUAUGCGAGGCACAGGCAGUCCCAAAGCACAGACAGGCACCAACACUUUGACCAUCAUCAUUGGGGAUGUGAACGACAAUCCUCACAACCCUGGCCACCAGAAUGUCUUUGUGUACAACUAUAAAGGCCAGUUUGGACCUGUAGUAAUCGGCCGUGUGUAUUGUGAAGAUUUAGAUGACUGGGAUCUACCUAACAAAACCUUCACCUUCACCUCACCGGCCAAUAUGAAAAAUUUCUUUUCUGUUGAUGAGGCUACUGGGGAAAUAACCAUGAAGAAAGGAGUGAAGUCCAACUUUGGAGGAGAGCCGUAUGAGUUCAAGGUGGAUGUUCGUGACAAGGUCAUCAAGAAGACGGUCACCAGCACGGUCUCGGUGGUGGUCAAGGAUUUGUCUGAAGAUGCAGUGCUCAAGUCUGGGGCAGUGAGGCUGGCAGGAAUGACAGCAGAAAAGUUUAUUCUGGAGCCCAAAGAUCCUCGCACAGGGAAAAGAGGUGAAAGUCUAUACACAAGGUUCAGAUUUCUCAUAGCUCAGAAGCUCGGCUUCUCUAACAUUGACAGUGUGGAGAUUGUCACUUUGUUAAGUAAGACUGACUACCUUGAGGUGAGGUAUGCAGCUCAUGCUUCUCCAUAUUUAUCUCCAGCACAGGUGGAUAAUGCCAUCAUCCUAAACCUUCUAGAUUUUGAGAACAUGGGCAUUAAAAUAAUGGUAAUUCCUAUUGAUGAGUGCCAAGAUGAGGUGUUUGAAGGUGGAUGUUACAAUCAGCUUGAAGUCACUGGCAAACCAGUGACUGUUAAUGCAAAUGGAACCAGCUUUGUGGGUGUUGAGGCCUACGUUGUGGCGGCUGAAGGAUGUGAGGCAGACAUGUUUCCAUUAAGUAAUGAUUGCACAGGCGACUAUUGCUACAAUGGCGGCACUUGUAGAAAAGAUCACUGGGGCAUGCUUUCCUGUGUGUGUAAUGAUGGCUUUGAUGGCCCAAGAUGCCAGCAGACUCACCAUCACUUCGAUGGAAACAGUGUGGCAAUGUACAAGGCUCUGCAGCAGUGUCAGAAUUCCCAGACCAGCAUUGAGUUUCUCACCAGUGAGAGGAAUGGUGUCAUUUUGUACAAUGGACCUCUGAUCAAUAUUGAUCCUUUAGAGACUCCACAAGAUUUUAUUUUACUGGAACUAAGGGGAGGCUUCCCAGUUCUUAUCAUUGAUCAUGGGACAGGGCCAACAACUCUUACUCUUGAUGGAAAGGAUGCAAGGGGGACUCAGUUGCUGCAGAGCCUCAAUGAUGGCAGAUGGCACAGAAUUGAUAUUAACCGUCAUGGCAAGGUGGUGGAGAUGGUAGUUGACAGGUGCAAUGAUGCUGUGGAUUAUAACCAGUAUGUUCUCGAUGAUCGAGCCUGUCGGGUAGAGAAGGAGACACCAGGGGAGAACAUUUUCUUGAACGUCAAUACUCAUUUACAUCUGGGAGGCAUCAGGACCACAACUCGACUCCGACACCUAGGAGGCCGGUAUAUAACUGGUUUUACUGGUUGCCUCAGAAACUUAGUUCAUAACAAAAAGAUGUACAACCUCUUCUUCAAACCAAUGCUGGGAUCGAAAACAGGAGAAAACGGGUGUCCUCCAGAAGAUAAAGUUUGUGGGAAGACGUUGCAGUCUUCGUACUGUGGGCUACAUGGAGUCUGCGAGGCUUCGUUGGACCAGCAGUACAGGUGCAAGUGUAAACCCAUGUGGUAUGGCUCCCAGUGCAAUAAACCUGCCACGGUGAAAGACUUUGACAAGAACAGCUACUACUUAUGGAAGAUGAAAAUGAAGCUCUUCAACAGUGUAUUGAUGACACGCAACCGAGAGCUAAGUGUGCAGCUGAUGUUCCGUACACGACAGUACACUGGUAUUUUGAUGGAUUUCACUGAUUCUGCCUCCUCGGAGUCGACUCAUCAUAUUCGACUACUGCUCAAUAAUGGUAAAGUUAGAUUAAUCUACAACAUGGGAGAUGGUGACAAGUUCCUGGACUUAACCUACGCCCAGGCCAACAAUGGGCAGUGGCAUCUCUUGAGAAUGGAGCGGUAUGGGCAUGAGUUCCAUCUUUAUUUGGACGGAGGCGAGGGCAGAAAUUACAACCACACACUCAAGUCUGUCGGUGAUAAAGAGCGGGAUGUGUUUGUUGUCGACAGACGAGUGUAUUCUGGCGCCUAUAAGCAGGGAAUUGGCCUGUCCUCAGUUCUUACCGAUGACCUUAUCAACACUUGUAUUCAAGAUGUGCGGGUAAAUGGUGGCUACUUUGCUAUGACCGAAGCUGAAAACGAGGACCCAGACACUUUAGCAGAAGUAGAAGAAAACCAAAACAUCAAGGAAGGAUGUACAAGAGAAAACUGUCUGCCAGGUGUUUGUGCUGUCAACAGAAUUUGUGUACCGCUAUGGGAGCAUUUUGAUUGUAUAUGUGAGUCAGGAUAUAAACUUGUGGGAGAUCAGUGCAAAUCUAGCUGUCUGCCCAAUCCCUGUUUCAACAAUGUCAGCUGCAGCAUUCAUAGAGCAGACGUGGUCUGUCAGUGUCCGCCAGGGUGGAGAGGUCGUCUUUGUGAUGAGUUGGCCCCUGAAGAAGUCAAAAGUGGAGACCUGAGCGAUGGGGCCCUUGUGGCGAUCAUCAUCUCAGUAAUUGUUGUCAUAUUCUUGGCGCUGACGGUUUUCUUCCUGUACAAGUUUUGUCCUCGCAAUGAAGACAGUGAAAAAUAUAUUCUAGAGGUUGAUCCGGAGGAUGAUAUUCGAGAAAAUGUCAUGAACUAUGAUGAGGAAGGAGCUGGUGAGGAAGACCAAGAUGCCUAUGAUAUUUCAAGGCUUCAGAAGCCAGCCUAUAUGACCUUUAUGAAGCUACAUUAUAGAAGUCAGUGUGCAUCAGGUAACAGAGCAGACGUCGGUGGCUUCAUAGAUGAUCGUAUGAAAGUCGCAGAUAACGACGAUGGUGUCCCACCUUACGACAGUGUACGAGAAUACACCUUCGAAGGGGGCACCAGUGACGCAGGCAGCCUUAGCUCACUGAACACUAGCAGCAGUGACCAUGACCACGAAUAUGACUAUCUCACCGACUGGGGGCCUAAGUUUACCAAACUGGCAACUAUGUAUGGGGCAGGAGAGAUUGUAGAAGACUGA